AUGUUAAUUACAACCAAAGAGCACUAUGUGAUGAUUAAAUCUGCCAAAAUGCGGACAGAUCGUGAGACUAAGUAAUCAACCAAAGCAAACACAAGCAGCACUAACAAAUCAUACUACUAAGAUGAACGCAGUCGGCUCUAAUAACUAAUUAUAAUGAGCAUGCAAAACCCUAAAAAUAUGGAGGUAAGAAUCAAAUCAAAUGAAGACUUACCUAACCUAAUUCCUAGAUCAAAAACACCCUAUGUCCAAUGGUUUUUCGCAAACGAGAACAAGAGUCUUAUCGCAACCACAUAUGGGCAAUAAGCCUACACGGUUUUAAAAACCUUUACACAACCCCUACAUAUCAAGACGAUAAAGCCACAUACCAAAAGUAGACACAUCUCCAAAAUCUCCAACGCGUACACUGUCAACAAAUAGUCGUUAUUUACUGUAUUCGUUUAAUGGAGACUGCGAAAAGAAAAAAACCCAAAACACUCCGAUAUCUAAAUUAUCUACUAGUGCUCUAAUAGACUACCAUAAACAAUUAGUGUAGAAAGCAUAAAAAUUGAUUGGUUCAAAUAAGAAAAAGUAAUGA